GAAAAAAAUACUAUCGUGUGUCCAAAAGGUCGACCAAAACCAGUUAUUGACGAUAUUCUGUGCAUGUGAUAGGAAUGGAUAAAUGUGGCACGACUGACCUUUUUGCACGGAUAUCGCGACACCCGGAUGUAGCAGUGAACACAAAAAACAAAGAGACUAUGUAUUGGUCUUGGAAACGAUAUGGUUAUUGGUUAUGGUCAGCGAGCAUGAUGAAGACCUAUUUCUCAGACUAUGUAAAUUAUUUUAGUAACACGGCUGCAUUAUUAAAUAACGCUACACGAAAAGACGGCAAGACAAAGCUCAUCACUGGGGACGGAACUCCGAUGGAUAUGUGGGAUUUUCGGGGAUGGAAAAUGAUACCACAGAACAGGGGACUCUCAGAACCCCGAUAUCUGACCCCACAUCUCAUUAAACACAUAAAUCCAGACGUUAAACUUAUAGUUAUACUCAGAAAUCCAGUAGAUAGACUGUAUUCGGACUACUAUUUUAUUGACAAUGGAGAGCGAAACAAGAAUCAAACUACUUUUCAUUUCGCUGUGUUGAAGGCAAUUGAUGUUCUUGAGAGGUGUCGCAUACGAAGAAGUUUGAGGAGUUGUCUGUUUGAUUUUCAUAUCAAUGCAGACUUAGUUAAACAAAAAACGAGAAUACAUUUAGGAUUUUAUGCUGUUUAUCUUCGAGAAUGGCUCUCAGUAUUUCCACGUGAACAAAUGUUAAUUCUACGGACAGAAGAUUACUCAUCUAAUGUGUCCUCUGUUGUCAGACAAGUAUUUAAAUUUCUUGAAUUACGUGAUUUGACAGAUGAUGAACUAGAAAAACUGAAUAUUACGGUAUCAAAAAGAGUAUAUGUUACAAAAGACAAGAUUGGAAAACCGCCCAUGAACCCCAAAACAAGACAAAUCUUAGAAAAUAUUUAUCGUUCUGAUAUACAAGACUUAUAUAAGUUAUUGAAUGAUGAAAGAUUUCUGUGGCAAUCACAAAACAAUGUUAUUGAAAAGAAUAAGGAAAAUGUGACACAAUUUUAUAAACUAUAUUAUGAAAAUAAAACAUGA